AUGAAGAAGCCACCACUACCACCACCAACACGUUUACACCAACAAGAACCGCCGUGUCAGUCACCGCCACAACCAACAGGUCCACCAGUACCGCUGUUACAUCAACAAGAACCGUCGCAGCUGCAACCGCAACCAUCGCCACGACCACCACCGUUGGUACACCAACAUGAACCGCCGUAUCAGUCACUGCCACUACCACCACCGCCGUUGCACCAACAAGAACCGUCACAAGGGCCAAGGCCACGUGGUCCCGUGAUCACAUAUAUCCCAGGCAAACCCCCAACCUCCACAACUCCAUCCUCCUCUCCUCUGUACACGUCAGCACCGUUCGAUGAAUCUCCGGCGAUGGAAACGUAUCAACAUUAUCAUCAUCAUCAUCAAAACCGAUUUAACCAACCACCAAAUUUAUCUCCGACAUCCUCUUCGCUAUGGGCGGAGUUAACUUCUACGAUGAGUCUACAAGAUUUGGAAUUCCUCGCUUCCUUGCUUUUGUCGCCGAGACACCAUGACCCUCCGCCUCCGACGUCGUCCACCCACCACUGUGACGGUCCUCCUCCUCUGAAACAUCCUCGUUUUGACUUGGGCCAUGAUCGAGGAGGUAUCCCUCAUUCAGUAAAUGAUACCAGAACUAUUGGCUCAGAUUAUGACAUCUACCACCAGCGGAGAGUGAGUGUGCAAACGCCUUCUUUGCCAUCUCAAGGAGUUGGUCGAUUUAAUGGUGUUGGUGGCAUGGGAAGACCAGGAGCAGGAGGUGACAAUCUGUACAUGCCUGGGCGUGGUGGAGUUUUUCCUCCAGGUUUUGGGCCAAAUAUUGGUUCUGAUCAACAAGAUUUAGGUGGUAGGCCUCCUAGCUGGGAGCUGCUUCGUCUACCUCCCGAUGCAUCCAGCACUCUAUUUGUUGAAGGUCUUCCUUCUGAUUGCUCAAUGAGGGAAGUAGCUCAUAUAUUUCGGCCUUUUCCCGGAUAUAAAGAAGUGAGACUUGUGACGAAAGACUCAAAGCAUAGGAAUGGAGAUCUUAUUAUUCUUUGUUUCGUUGAUUUUGAAAAUCCUGCAUGUGCAGCAACUGCUCGUAACGCCCUGCAAGGCUACCGAAUGGAUGAAGAGGAACGUGAUUCCAAGAUUUUGCGAAUCCAGUUUUCCAGAAACCCAGGUCCAAGACCAGGGCAACGUGGAGGAAGGAGGUGACAAGUCGAGAUACAUUUGGAGGCACAUCAACCAAAAUUGUAACUUGUUGUUUUCUCUAGAACCUAAUACACACUUUGAUCACGUAUUCAGAUCCUUAGUAGUGCUCUCACUCAAAGCUAUAGAGAUGUAGGGAUGGAUAGACACAAGAGUCUAGUAGGAGUUUAGUUGAUUGGAAUCUAAACUUUCUCUCACUCCUCUGUUUCUUUUUUCAAUCUUCUUGAUAAAUGUUGUGCAUAUAAAUAAGAGUUACAAAAUUUAGGG